UUUUUCUCCCUCUUUUCACCAUUGUUUCUCAAUUUUUUUGACAAAACCAAGAAAAUGGGAACAACCUUUUUUGCUGUUUAUGAAGAGAAAAAAGGUUGAAUUUUUAUAAUGCAGAAAGGAUAAAUAUGAUUAAGGGCUUUAUCUAUUAUUGGAUUUACCAGCUUUAGCAAAUUUUUUGUAUAUAUUAAUAGAUAUUUGAAUAUAAAUGUCUGAAUUGGUAGCUCGAACGGGUCGGCAUCAACAGCGAUAUGAAGAAGGUUAUCGACUCAUUGCUGGGUGUAUUCCGUUUAAGUACAGGGAUAUGGAACAAGAUGGUGGUGACACAUCCAAAAAGAUAGUCGAAGUACUGAUGAUAAACUCAACAAGCGGGCCUGGUCUUCUGUUUCCAAAGGGAGGGUGGGAAAAUGAUGAAACAGUUAAAGAGGCAGCUGUUCGUGAAGCAAUAGAGGAGGCUGGAGUUCGUGGGGAUUUAGUGCAUUUUUUGGGAUACUACCUCUUUAAAAGCAAAACACUUCAAGACGAGUACAGUCCAGAAGGUCUGUGUAGAGCUGCCAUGUUUGCUUUGUUUGUGAAGGAAGAGCUUGACUGUUGGCCAGAACAGAACCGCCGGAAAAGAAGUUGGCUGACAAUUCCUGAGGCAGUUGAAUGUUGCCGGCACCAAUGGAUGAGAGAGGCCCUUGAGGAAGGAUUUCUGAAGUGGCAUGAGGGUGGUAUGGUAAGCACAAUUAACAACGACGAGGACUAGUUUUUCUCUUUACUCCUCCCUGACCAACAUUGAAGGAUUUUAGAACUUUAAGGGGUAGAAACCAAUUUGAAGUAAUGUUCUUUUAGAUAUUGAACCAUGUUUUGAUGAUUUUUAACUGAUUCAUUGCUUUCCCAGAAAACUGAUGGAGAACCAGAAAGAAAAGAAACAAGAAAAUUAUUCCCAUCUUCAUCAUUUUCUUGCUAACUACAUCUGGUAGUGGACUAACCAUAUUAGUCAGAAUAGCAGAUGAUGCUUUUCUGUGUAACUACAAUUUCAUUAUCUAAUCUUCAUUUCUCGGGACAUAAUAAUGACAUGCAUAUUGUACAGUCUACGCAAUAUAGUAUUAAUAAUCUCUAGUGGGAGGACAAUUAAUGGUAAAAACUUACCUGCACGUUGUGUUUAUAUCAAAACAAUGAAUGCAAGAUGUGUAUCUCUUCAAUUUAUAACUACGGCAGUUAAAUUGUU